AUGGAUCCAUGCAUCAUCGAGACGUUCAUCGUUAAAAGUAAAGCAGAUAUUUGCCAUCUUAAACAAAAGAAAUCUCUUCAACGAACACAAAUUAAACCUUUUUUCGUGCAUAAAUUAGAUAAAAAUUGUAUAUUCUCUGGGAGAAAAGCAUUUUUGAGUGGGUUUCUUUCAGAAAUUUAUUUUGACUUCUAA